AUGUCACAAGAAGAUAUAAUAAAACUUUAUUGGUUACCAUAUUCAAGAGCUCAAAGAAUAGUUUGGUUAUUAGAAGAAUUAAAUUUAAAUUAUGAAUUAAUUAAACACAAAAGGGUUCAAAGUGUAAGAGCUCCAAAAGAAUUUGAAAAUGUACAUCCAUUAGGUAAAUCUCCACUUUUGGAAAUUAUAAAACCAAAUGGUGAAAAAUUUACAUUGGCUGAAUCUGGCUGGAUUGUUCAAUAUUUAAUUGAAAAUUAUGAUAAGGAGAACAAAUUUAAACCUGAAACUUCUCAAGAUGCUAAUCAAAUUGGUUAUUUUUUACAUUAUUCCGAAGGUACCAUACAACCAAUGCUCGUUGGAUUAUUAGUCAAUCAUGUUGCUGCAACUACUGCCCCGUUCCCAGCAAGAUUUUUGGUUAAACCAAUAGUUGGACAAAUAAAUAAAGGUUAUUAUGGAACAGAAUUACUUAAAAAUUUAAAAUUCUUGAACAAUAUUGUAGCUGAACAAAAUAAAAAAGGUUCAAAUUUUUUAGUUGGUGAUAAAUUAUCAGCUGCUGAUAUAAUGUUAUCAUUUCCAAUACUUAGUGCUUUUACUAGAGAUGAUAUGUCUGAUAACUACACAAGUUUGAAAAAUGAUUAUCCUGAAUUAUAUCAGUAUUACCUAAAUUUAACAAAACUUGAUGGUUGGAAAAAAGCAGCAGAACAAGUCAAAGAUAUGCAAAAAAUAGCUAUUGAUGGUAAAUUAUGA